GAAUUAGCUUUACUAGUUAUGACCGGCAGUGACCAUUGAUGUACGUAUAUUUAGUUCGAAUCGUGGUGGGAGAGAUGGUUUUAUAAAUAACGACGACCUUGUGUGCCGAAUGUGUGUCGCACGAGUCUUCGUUGAGCAACAAAUUUUAUAAUAAUUUAUAUUUAAUUAUAUAUGUAAAACGCGGCUCUUCUAUUUUCACCACUCGUGCUAGUCCGACCGACCACCCUCGUGUGUCCGAAUCGCGUCUCAUUUGUUACCUAUAAUAUACUAAUAUCGCACAAAUCGCGUUCCUAAAAGAAAAUUAUUCCUAACCUGUGGAAUCAUUUUUGAAACAUUUUAACUAUAUAAUUUAAUAUAUUAUCUCAACCGGCGCCACCUCCUACUACCACUGCCUACUACAACUGAUCCGUGUUGAAUACCAAUUCAGAAAUGUACCUGUCGAGGGACAUUUACUAAGUUAUGGCCUGUAGCCAACUUCUGGACUACAACAGAGACAUCCAAGUCUGUGCAUUAUUUGUGAUCAUUGGUUUACGUAAAGGCUAAAUUACGGAUUUAAAGAAAGAUAAAGAACGCUCUAGUCUCCAUGAAUUCGGUUUGGACGCAGUGUCCAGUGCUGUUGCCACAGCGAUAGCACGAUCAGUUGUUGCUCCAUUUGAUAGGGUUAAAAUUAUUUCUCAGGUUCAUUAUACAUCUAUUGUAAACGGUCAAAACAAUUUACAUUAUCAUCCAGGAAUCUUAACAACAUUAAAUCAAAUUUAUCGCGAACAAGGUUUACGGGCACUAUGGUUUGGAAAUUUUACCAACAUUUUGAGAUUUGUUCCUUCUCAGGCGGUUAUGUUUGGACUUAACACAUUUUAUCUAAAACUACUUUUGAGCAAUAUAAAACAUAAAGAUAGUGGCUGGAGUCAUACUGCUUUGAGCUUAAUAUCUGGUGGAUUGUCUGGUGCAACCACCUUAUGUAUGUUCUAUCCACUUCUUUUCUGUCAAACUCAUUUAGCUGCCCAUGUCGGUCCCUUGGUUGACCGGGAAUAUACUGGACUACUGGAUUGUAUACAAAAAACUGUUCAUACAAAUGGUGUUCGAGCUUUGUAUACAGGAUUUGCUAUUGCAGCUAAUGGGAUGGUCAUAAACAAGGCUAUUUACUUUGGAGCUUAUUAUAGUUUUAAUAAAACCAUUCUAGAUCAUAGUAAUAGUCUAGUUUCUAAUGAAGAAAAAGAUGCAAAGUUACCAUUUUGGAUACGUUUUGCAACCGCACAGGUUUCCACUUACUUGUCACAAUUAUUCAGCUAUCCUCUUGACACGAUUGGUAGAGUAUUAAUAGUUCAAACUGCACAAGAAGAAAAAUUAUAUCUAAAUGCCAGAGACUGUUUUACUAAACUGUGGAAUUCUCAGGGUUUAUCAGGCUUAUAUCGAGGAAUGUUACCUAAUAUGAUUCGAUCAAGUGGUUCGGCUCUAAUUCUUGUGCUGCACGAUGAAUUCAAAUGGACACUGAGUAAAAUGGGUUUAUUUGGAGGAGACAUUCAAGACGAUUAAAUGAUAAUAACCUUCCUACUAUCUACUUUUUUCAUGCAUAUAUAAUAUAUUUUUAAAAAAAACUUAAAAAUUGUAUAAUGUUUAAUUGUUAGUUGACGCCAUGCGAUUCUAGUCAAGUAUUCUUAACCUUGUUAGUAUCUGCGACCAAUUAUUUGUGAAUAUCAUGUACCAUUUAAAUACUUGUUAUGAAUAUUAAAUUAAUGAUUGAUUUUCUACACGUU